AUGACUAUUUCGUUGGACAAUGGAUUAUUCGGCAGCAGAAAGAGACUGGCUUUUGAGAUCUGUGAAGAUCCUCAAACCGUGAAGCGCUUCCAAGGGCUGGUAACGCCACCUGGGUCACCUGAAAAAUGCAUGAAGGUGAAGAACGUCAAGGUGAGUGCUUCUCCCAAAAGGCUGAACUUUGGACCGGGAUCGGCGUAUUCCCGUACCAAGGCAGUGUUGCAAAGAUGUUCAAAGGUCGAUCUGGGACCGCAGCCGUGUCUUCCAACGAGAGACGCGCAAUACAGCGAGAUCAUGAGUUUCCUUAAACAAUCUAUUCGUUCGGAACACGGUGACUCGCUCUACGUCACAGGGCCUCCAGGAACCGGUAAAACUGCACAAUUGGACUUGAUCAUGCGUGAGAAGUUCCAAACAUUGGUUCUGGAACAGCCGAAUCUUCAACCCGACCAGGGCCUGCUCAAUACCUCGUUUUUCAAAACCUCAAAUACCACUUAUCAAUCGGUGGCUAUGGUAUCAAUCAACUGUAUUGCUAUCAGCAAUGCCGAGUCUAUUUUUGCCAAAAUACAUUACUCGUUUGCGAAACAGCCUAGUCAAUUCGCUCGCAACGCAGAUGAUCUACAAGAAUUCAUGAAACUUCAUCCCAAUACUACAUUCGUGGUUAUUUUAGAUGAAAUGGAUAAAUUGGUGACUUCAACUUUGCAAGACACUAAUGCAACAAGACAUAUCUUUGAUCUUUUCUUAUUGGCCAAGAUGCCUCAUUUAAGAUUCGUAUUGAUCGGGAUCGCCAACAGUUUGGAUAUGAAGGACAGAUUCUUAUCUCGGUUGAAUCUAAGACAGGAACUUGUGCCUCAAACCAUAUCUUUUGCACCUUAUACCGCAGAGCAAAUGUUUGAAAUUGUCAUGCAGAAGCUCAAAACUUUAGAUAUGGAACCAAUAAUCCAACCAAUUGCAAUCAAGUUUGCCGCAAAAAGGUGUUCCGGUAAUACCGGCGACUUACGGAAAUUAUUCGACAUACUGAGAUCCAGUGUUGAGACUGUGGAAUUAGAGAGUAUGAAAAACAGAAGAUUGGCCGGCGCAUCGGUCAACAAAGUUACUUUAGCUCACGUCGCAAAAGUUUUCUCUACUUUACACAACAAUUUCUCUACAAAAUCACGGAUUUCAAGACUGAAUAUGCAACAGCGAUUGGUACUGUGUUCCUUGGUACAUCGCGAGAGGUCCGAAAUCUUUCAAACUCAUACGUCUCUAGACGACGCAUAUGAAUAUUACACAAAACUGUUGCAUCAAAAAGAUACCAUCUCACCGCUGGAACGGAAUGAGUUUCUGGAGAUAUGCAAUGCUUUAGAAACUUGUGGGGUGGUAAGCAUCAUUCAAGGCAAAUCAUCUGGUAAGACCAGACAUGUUGUGAAAUUCAUAAAGGCUAACGUGGACGAAAAGGAAUUCAGUGACGAAAUUAGCAAAUUAGCAUCAUUAAAAACCUACUUGUGA